CGACGCAAGACUCUUCCAUCUCCAUCUGUAGGAGAUCCUGCAUCUGCUAUAUCGAUCUUCCGUAAAAAUGUUGGCAAGGAUCUUUCACAGGUCGCCAUGCCUGUGAGUAUGAAUGAGCCUAUCAGUAUACUUCAAAAAGCAUGCGAGGAUCUGGAGUACUCGGAACUUCUUGACAAGGCAUCCAGUAUGGAUGAUCCAAUGGACCGGCUUAUGUAUGUCGCAGUAUUCGCCAUCUCAAGCUAUGCUUCCUCUCAAUACCGUACUGGCCGAAAGCCUUUUAAUCCAAUGCUUACCGAGACCUACGAAAACAUUCGUCCAGAUAAAGGGUUCAGAUUUAUUGCAGAGAAAGUAUCACAUCAUCCUUUGGUUAUUGCUGCUCAUGCAGAUUCAAAGAAUUACAAAUACUGGCAGGCUUCUAAAGUUAAAAGUAAAUUCUGGGGAAAAUCUAUGGAGUUCAUGACAGAGGGAACAUUCCACGUCACGUUCACCGGUCAUGAUGACCACUACACGUAUUUCAAGCCCUCGAGUUGGAUGCGAAACAUGAUAGCGGGCGAAAAAUACCUUGAACAUGUAGGCGAAAUGAAGGUGCAGGACCAUACUUCGGGUGCUUACGCAUCUGUGACUUUCAAAGAAGGCACAGGUGGUGGUCUGUUUGGCGCACCAACUAAGAGGGAUGAGGUGGUAGCUACUUUGUAUGACAGCCAAGGUAAAAAGUGUCGCAGAGUGGUUGGAAAAUGGAGUGAGCUGAUGGCAGAAGAGGUUGAUAUGAAUGGAUCGACGCUUUCUAUCCUGUGGCACGCCAAUCCACCACACGUCAAAGAUUAUCAAAAGUAUUAUGGCUUUACACGAUUCUGUGUAGAAUUGAAUGAAAUAACAGCCAUUGAGGAUCACAAACUUCCAAAGACUGACAGUCGGUUACGACCUGACCAAUCGCUUUAUGAGCAAGGUCAUGUUGAAGAGGCAGAUAAAGAGAAGCAAAGAAUAGAGCAGCUUCAACGAGAACGUCGCAAAGAAUACGAACAAAAGGGAAUCGAGUGUAAACCACGCUGGUUCAAAUUAGAAAAUGAUCCAUUUGAAGAGUUCCAGCUUGCCCCAGUGGAAGGACAAGAGUCAAAAGGAUUAUCGUGGCAUUAUAAUGGUAAUUACUGGCAGACUAGAGAAUCAGGCCAAUGGCCAGAUGAUCUUCCU